AUGCCGCGCGGGUGCGAGAUCAAGCUGAAAUUCGAGAAUUCCGAGGAGAUUUUCGUCUUAAAAGAUAUGCAAGUGAUCAAACGGAUGCCACUGCUGAACUCCAAAUGGCUGCAUACGCGAACAACUCUCCCGGACCCCAUCCUCAUUCCAUAUCCCAAAGAAUCGGUGCUCUUCAUCAUUGAACACAUCAAAACGUAUCGAAUGCCAAACGAUUAUCCGGAGAAGGUGCCCGAGAACUAUCCGGAAGCCAACGCGUUGGAUUUGUACGAUUUACGGCCGAUUCUGGAGGCGGCGACGCACUUGGAGGCGCUCUGUUUGAUGAAUGUCGCCGGAUUUUUGAUAGCGAAGAAGCUGGAGGAGCUGCCGGUGGAGCAGGUCGCCGAGUUCAUGGGAUUGGAGUACGUGCCCGUGGCCAACUUUUAUGACGAGCAGAAUGGAUGGAUUCGACCAUCGACCAGUGGAAGCAGCACCGCUUGA